AUGGCCGCGUCUCCACGUAAGGCCUCCAGGCCGACUUCGACCUUGACUCCAUCAAGCCCGAUGAGUCCACGGUGCCCUACAGAACCUGGCAAGGUGUCUUCAUCCGGAAAAUUCAGCUAUCUGUCACCCAGGGCCCUCUACGCGCGCCUGAUUACUUCGCCUCCAAAGCAGAAGCGUUCGGCGCUCCGUGUCACCACUGUUCUGGCAGCCGUCGCGGCGACUCUGCUCGGCGUUUGCGUCCUGGUGCUCUUUGUCCUCUUCAGCCGGUGGAGUCCCCAGAAGCUCGCACUGUGCACCACCACCGCUUGCAGCGAGUUCGCCAAGCUCAUCGCCUAUAGUGUAAAUCAGUCUGUCGAUCCGUGCAGCGACUUCGACGUCUACGUAUGUAGCGGCUGGCGGUUCCAACAGAAGCACUCGGUCUACAAGGCAGUGGCCAUCAAUGCGGUGGACGCGAUGACGAAAGUCAUUCGCAAGGGCAGGAGCCCCGCCCACCCUGACCAGAGCAUGGCGCAGAAGAUCAGCCUCUUCUACCGCUCCUGCGACGACGUGUGGCGAGGCGAGCGCGACGAGUUACCAGUGGUCCGCGAGCACCUUCUUCGGGCGGGCGUCGUGUGGCCUCGGAUAUCCGCGGCACCCGACGUUCUUCGCACACUGCUCGUUUUGAGCAUCGAACUCGACUGGGCCGUGGUCUUUCAAGUUUUAACGCACGAGAAAAUAGUGUGGAUGGACGUGCCUUACUCUUUCAAGUUGGCCAUUGGAGAGCGGCAACGGCUCCACGAUCUCCAUGCGUGGCGGCAGAGUUUCGACUACCUCAAAACGCACUUUGCCGAGGGCGACGCGAAAGGAACAGCUACGUUUGAAGAAGCAAUCAAUUUUGAGAAUAAAUUCUUUCGUCCACUCGUCAAGGCCAUGACUCCUGUACUGGUGCGUGGACCGGUGUCCAUCGUACUAGAUGAAGGAAAGUGGAGAGAGCGUCUCGCGGAACUGAACGUCACCUCAGUGGUCAAGUUCCAGGCUUUCAAUAUAAGGUACGUGAGGACAUUCUUAUACCUGUGGAACCGGUGGGGCGAAGCCAGCACGCACGCUUUCGUCUCGUGGAUGGCAGUGAGGUAUACCAGUCUAUUCGCCAACCGAGAUCUCGUCUUCAACUCCUACGGUACAGCGAACGGAGACACGAUAAAAUACGAGCAGGGACGCUUUUGUUACGCGCUCGUCUACAGGUUCAUCGGGGACUACCUGUUCGUGCCGUACAACGCCCAGGUUUUCUCGCCGGACGUUUCUCGGGACGUGGAGCGCAUUCUCGUGGCCAUCAGAAGCGAAUUCGCUGCUCGCCUUUCCGCGAUAGAACCGCACUCUUCCCAAGCAUCGACGGGGAUUCAGUGGGACUCUCUGGAAACCGUAAUGAGCGUCCUGAACCAAACGAUUCCCAAGACUGAGGAGUCAAGAAGAGCGGCUAACGCGCUGUUGCCCGAUAUGAACGUGUCCCUUGCGGGAAACUGGCAGGCCGCGCUCAAAGCGAGGAGACUUCAUGGAUGGGCCAGCGUGCCGCGCAAGCUCGGCUCCCACGCCAUCAACAAGUUGUCUCUCCACUCGUAUUGGGACGGCGACAUCGUCCUCGCACCGUACGCGCUCUCCUUUCCUCUCUACGAUGAGUACUUGGCGGACGCCGUCAAGUACGGAGCGUUCGGGACAGUCGUGGCGUUGACGUUCGCCGAACUGGCCCUGAUGCCUUAUGCGGCUGCAAACGCAACGGUUGGUGGAACCGUCCGGGACGCCCUGACGUGUGCCCGGAACUCGAGUCGCAGAAAUCCGUGGGCGAUGCUGGCUGACUUGACGUCCUUGGACGUCGUGACGCAUGCGUACGAAGCACGGGGCUCCCAUGACACCCUUGCGGGCAACUUCACGGCGACGCAGCUGUUUUUCGUGUCGUGGUGCUUCGUCAAGUGUCGCGGAUUCUCGGAACCUCUGGGCAACGAAUGCAACGCCGCUGCUCGGAACGUGCCGGCUUUCCGCGAGGCCUUCAGCUGCCCCACUGGAGACCCGCUGAACCCGGAAGAAAAGUGCACAGUCUUUUAG